AUAAUGAGAUUGUAUUUUUUCUUGUACAACAGACUUGUAUGACAAAAUUGCUAUGUCACAAUUUUGAUUUAGUCAGUCAACAUAUUGAUUAUGUUGAUUUGAUUCUAAUUAUGAUUUUUUUUUUCUUGUCUUUGUGGAAAUGGGCUUUCAUAAUAAUGAUUUACAUGUUGUGCUGCUGUAAAAUUUAGUAUAGUCAUCAACAAUUGCCUGGUCCUUUCUGUCUAAUAUUGAGAGAAUACUGAAUUUAUCAAUUUAAUGCUUGUUUUUUGGGUUUGUUUAAAAAAAAAAUCUUUUAGGUCAUUUUCUAAAUUCUCCAUGUAUCUGAUCCACCAAACAGCACUUACUCAGCUGUAUCUCUAGCCUCUGCACUGUUGAUUGUUUACUGCUUUUGGUGAAGGAAGACUGUAAUGAUAUUUAGCAAUUUAAAAAUUGGUGCCCAGAUUAUCAGGGUAUAUUCAAACUUCCUAAAUAAAUGUAUAAAUCUGCACUAUAUUACAAUAGAUGGCAACACAUCAAUAUGUGUUAAUGGAUUUGUCAAAGCUCAUCAAACACCGCAUUUGAGUUUGAAAUGAGUGUGCCUUAAAAGAGUCGCCCACCUCAUCCUUCCUCGCUCAGGAGUGAAGUUGGGUAUGCGCUCGGUGCCCGUGGCCACAGCGUGUGUAUUGUACCAUCGUUUCUUUGAACGCGCCAGCAUUCAUGCGUAUGAACCCUACCUGGUGGCCAUGAGCUGUGUGUACCUGGCUGGCAAAGUGGAGGAGCAGCACAUCAGGACCCGUGACAUCAUCAACGUAAGCCACAGGUAUUUCAACAGUGGCAGUGCUCCUCUAGAAUGUGACAAGGAGUUCUGGGAUUUGAGGGACAGCGUGGUGCAGUGCGAGCUCCUCAUCCUCCGACAGCUCAACUUCCACGUCUCUUUUGAGCACCCUCACAAGUAUUUACUCCACUACCUGUUGUCUGUGAAGUCGCUCGUGAACCGCCAUGCUUGGUCUCGAACCCCAGUCACUGAGACUUCCUGGGCGUUGCUCAGAGACUGUUACCAUGGACCCAUGUGCAUCCGCCACGCACCUCAACACAUUGCCAUAGCAACGCUGCACCUGGCUCUAAACAGCUACGGCGUGGAGCUGCCUGUUGGGGAGAAAGAGUGGUGGCAGGUGCGUGUUCACUCAUUUUGA